AUGGCCCACACCCACAUCAUCACCGCGCUCCCCGACUGGGUCGAAGGCCACCGCGACAUCGGCGGCUUGGUCUGCGUCCUCGCACUCUGGAUCUCGGUGCUCGCGGGCGUGCCCUGCACGCUCCUCGAGACCUUUUCCGGCGUGUGCUUUGGCUUUGGCUACGCCAUCCUCAUCAACACGGCGGGCACGGUCCUCGGGUCAGCGCUCGCGUUUGGUGUCGCGCGAGCAUGCGGCGAGCGCCUCGGCGCCCACCUCAUGGCCAAGUACCCACUCGUCCUUGCGCUGCACCACCUUUUCGAGUCCCGCGAGACCAACUACCGCGUUUUGUUCUGCAUCCAGCUCGCGUACGUGCCGGUGACGCUCAAGUGCUACAGCCUCAGCGUCCUUGGCGUCCCCUUCGGGCCCUUCCUGGUCUCCAAUUUCGUGUGCGGCCUCCCGCUGGGUGUGUUCUGGGCCUACGUCGGCAGUGUCUCUGGCAACAUCAAAGACGUCCUGGCCGGCGAUGGCACACUGUCCACCGAUCACAUCGUUGUUCUGAUCGUAAGCCUUGUCGGUAGCGCCGUGGGUCUCGGGUUCAUCUGGUACUAUACGCGCAACGAGCUCCGGCGAAUGCAAGCGUCAGCCCACAGCAAGACCAAAGCAACCAUGGACGAGCCCUCUGUGUCACGCGCGUUGCCGCAGCACGUGGUGUUGAUGUCCAUGCCGCCGGGGCAGCCACCGCCUUUGUCUGCGUCGAGCCUCGACGCUCGCCACCACACGGUGUAA